AUGUUCAAAUUAAUUGUUAUCAUAGCUCUUCUUGUGGUUGGAUGUCAUGCAAAGAAAAUUUCUGUAGCAUCACGUGGUGCAUAUGUUGCUCGAUGUUUUAUUGAUAUAAAAGAUGAUUCAAGUACAUUCAGAUUGGCUAGUGGAAAUAUAUAUGCUGGUCAAAAAUUUGAUAUGGAACUUCCUGAGGAUAUUACAUGGAUGAAAAUUCGUUGUGAAAAUCAACGCCUUAUUGGCAAAUGGGGUGAAGUUUUUUCACAAGAAUUGAGUGGUCCACGACCACUUUGUUAUCAGAUGGGCGGUACUACAUUUCAUCCACAGUAUGCAGCUACUAUUUGUUAA